CCCCCCUCGCCUCUUCCCCUCACCUCACACAGCAAUCGAAUCCAAGCAUCCCCAAUUCCCCAAACCCCAAGCACCUCCGCAGCCGCAGCACCACCGAUGGCGCCCAAGGCGGAGAAGAAGCCGGCGGCGAAGAAGCCCGCGGAGGAGGAGCCCGCGGCGGAGAAGGCGGAGAAGGCCCCGGCUGGGAAGAAGCCCAAGGCGGAGAAGCGCCUCCCCGCGGGCAAGUCCAGCGCCGGCAAGGACGGCGAGGGCAAGAAGGGCAAGAAGAAGGCCAAGAAGAGCGUCGAGACCUACAAGAUCUACAUCUUCAAGGUGCUCAAGCAGGUGCACCCGGACAUCGGCAUCUCCUCCAAGGCCAUGUCCAUCAUGAACUCCUUCAUCAACGACAUCUUCGAGAAGCUCGCCGCCGAGGCCGCCAAGCUCGCCCGCUACAACAAGAAGCCCACCAUCACCUCCCGCGAGAUCCAGACCUCCGUCCGCCUCGUCCUCCCCGGGGAGCUCGCCAAGCACGCCGUCUCCGAGGGCACCAAGGCCGUCACCAAGUUCACCUCGUCUUAGUUAGGUUUGCCGCCUCUUGUGGUGCCAGUACUAGUUCGGUUGGGUGCUGCUGCUAGACCUGGCUCCCUUGUAUGAAUUGUGUACCUAAUGGAUCUGGAACAUCAAUGGUGCCUGUUCUGUUCUAUUAACUUUUGUUCAUCUGUUCACUGUUCUGUCUCUGGUUUUGCUGUGCUUGUUGUUUGCUUUAUGUGGUGAGGUAAAUGACAAUUCUGGCUCA